CACUCCCAAUCUACCAGGUGGUAGUGAGAAACACGGAGGGUUGGAGUAGCUACUUCCAUCAGCCAAGUUGUCCCAAGCAGUGAAGGGAUGCAUUGGUGAAAUCCGUUUUUUUCAUCCUAAUCAAUGGUAGUGUGACUUCAACCCCUGCUUCGGCUGCCACGCACUCUCUGUCAGCCGCCAGUGCUUUGCUAGUAUCAUGGCGUCAGCAAAAACUCCCGAAGGAAUUUCCAAGUCAGCGAGCCGAGGCAAGACGGCUGGUCUCCUCUCAAAGAUCACCGACACCGCUCUGCUGGUUGAUUUGCCUGGCGAUGCAGACACGGACACGCUGAAGAAAGAAGCCGCGGGAAGGCGACUCGACGGGAGAACAAUGCUUGUGGGCGUCCUUAUCGGCUGCAUCUUCCUCCUCCUCCACAUGCUGCUUCAUGGGAUCACCCCGCACGACGUCCAGCGCUCGCUCUUGAGAAUGACAUCCAAGGUGUCCAUGACGGGCUCGAACCAACAAAGUUCGGUCACUCUGGCCACCGGCGGAUUGGCUUCCGGCGCGGUGUCCAUUAGUGUAAAAGCAGCAGGAAGUGCGAAAUCAGCGGGAAGUCUCGAUACCAGACGAAUGCAACAGGGAGCGGACAGGACUGCGCGAACCACGCUGGAUGUCCCAUCGACGUCAGACUUCGGUUGGCAGCAGAGCACAAGCCAGGAGCAGCAGCAACACCAAGGAGCACCAGUUCAAAAUGCCGAAGUUCCUAAGGAGGGCGACCAGAGCGGGAACAACGCCGGCGUUGUGCAUGCCGAAAUUUCUGCAGAGCGGGUGGAGAAAGACAGUUCUGAUCCGGAAACGGUCGAUUCGACCAGCGAAAAACCGGACCGUUCGCAGUCGAAACCGAGGGACGUCCAUGUGUUCGUCUCGACAGACGAAGCGGACUUACGGCCGAUCGCCGUCGUCAUCAAUUCAACAAUCACGAACACGAGGAACCCGCACCUGAUAUUCUUUCAUUUGGUGAUACCGGAGGAAAAUAUCCAGGCAACCGAGGAGAAGCUGCUCCCCAUUUUUCCCCACGUCCGGAUCGACAUCAACCGGAAACCGAUUGAUCGCGAGCGGAUCCAGCAUCUCAUAGUAUACAAGGAGGGAAGCAAGGCAAGGGAAGAGCUGGUUAGCGUCUUCAACUUCUUGCCGUUUUAUCUGCCACUCAUCGCUCAGGACCUCGACCGGAUUGUGUACCUCGACUCAGACAUUGUUGUCGUGGGUGACAUUGAGGAAUUGGCUCAUGUUGACAUGGGCGGCAUGGCUGCAGCGGCGGUGGAGGACUGCAUGCAGACAUUCGACCAAUACUUUGAUUUCAACCAGUUGGCGGAUAUCCAUGCACGGAGCCAGCCUGACCAGCCACGCAUGCCGAAAUUCCCAUUUGACAAGAGUGCUUGUGUUUUCAACCGAGGAGUGCUGGUGAUGGACGUGCAGCAAUGGCUAGCUCAGAACAUGACCGAAUCCAUCGAGUGGUGGAUGCAGCAGCACAAUGCUGCCAAAGAACCAUUGUACCGCUACGGGCUAUCUCAGCCCCCCUUUCUCCUCACCCUGUAUGAGCGCUACCGCAAGCUGAAGCGGGAGUGGAACACCCGUGGGCUGGGCCGGGAAAAGUUUGGGAAGAAGGAGCUCGCUUACUUUGAGCGCAUAGGCCUUGGGAAACCUGACAAGACUCCCUUCCUUAGCCCGUGGGCUGACGAGGCGAAGAUUCUGCACUUCAACGGCAAGUUCAAGCCUUGGAAGGGACCUAGGGUGAGGCCAGUAGGCGAGCCUGCUAAUGCUCUCUGUGGUCCGAAGAAAGAGGACUGUGCAGUGCGGUGGUGGAAGUACUUGUCCCCUGAAGCCUUUACUCAGCUCACAGUGGAAGGCAGUAAGAAACACUGAUCAGAGGGAGCUGCUGUAUAUGAGGGGCAUUUGGAGGGUGGCGCUUUAGAUGGGAAACGUAAGGCAUAAGAGUGAGACUAGCCAGCGGAGCCAUAUUUGCUUUGCUUUCUUGCUUUGUUACACCGUUCAAUGGUGCUGCAUUUUGUUCUCGAUGAGUUUCAUAUGACACUCCUGGGU